AUGGAGGAGUUGAGCGCCGUGGGAGAACAGGUUUUUGAUGCCGAAUGCAUUCUGAAUAAACGACUGAGAAAGGGAAAGUUGGAGUAUCUAGUAAAGUGGAGAGGAUGGUCAUCCAAGCACAACAGCUGGGAGCCCCAGGAGAAUAUCCUGGACCCAAGACUACUGGCAGCGUUCCACAAGAGGGAACAGGAAAAAGAAAUUUUGUUCCGUAAGCGAGGGAAAAGGCCCAGAGGGAGACCCCGAAAGACCAUGGAAAGUAUUCCAACAACCACAAAAUCUGGUAGCUCUUCGUCUUCUUCAUCAUCCUCGUCAUCCAGCUCAUCUUCUUCAUCAUCCUCAUCUUCCUCUUCUGAUGAGGACAAUGAGGGUGAAGAGGUAAAUGAAAAGCCAGGGCACCGUGGACGAGAGCUUCAUCCAGUGCCACAGAAGAAGGCCCAGAUAGUUCUGGCCAAACAGGAGCCUGUGAAGAAGAAACGUGGGAGGAAGGCAUUGCCACCAGAGCUAAAGGCACUGCGCCAGACCAAAGGGGCCAGGAAGCUCCCAAAGCAAACCAUUAGGGAGUCCCCUCCAAUGGAUCCAAAGAUACCCCUCAAGAAACCACUGCAACCUGCCAGCUUCACUUACACCAGCAUGAGUAGGGCUUCCAGUACCAGGGAUACCCAAGGCACACAGAAUAGGGGCUGCUUUAUGCAGUGUGCGCGCAGCCCUCUUAGCACUGUGGGACCAGGACGACCCACAUGUCCCCCAACAGUAAACCGCAUACCACAAAGCAAGGGUGCAUUUGACUUCAAGCUUUCUGUAUCUGACAUGGGCAGUGGCUCGGAUGUGGACCUGAGGAUUGCUGCAUCCAAGUCCCCGGGAGUGGCAGCUCUCAACCUGCAUAAUGCCCAAGUUUCCUCUGGAAUGAUUGCAGGACAGGGUUCUUCCCUGCCUAUGGGUCAAUUGAAUGGGCAAAGGAAGCAAGAAAAUACAGUACAGGGCUCUCCACAGAGCAGUGCGGCCCUGCCUCCACCUAAAGGGUCUGCUCACCAGGUUCUUAGCCUGCAAGCUCUGAACCUUCAGAGCAUCAGCAAGCCAGCACAGGGUUGUAUCACUGCAGGCCAUGGCUGUGCUCCUCCACGCAGCACAGCUAAUCCAGCUCGGAAGACUUUGGGGGGCAACCCCCGUCAGGCACAAGGUUCUGCACAGAGCCCUGCCACAUCUGGCAGCCAGCAAUCUAGAAGAACCCUUUUGGGUAGUGAGCAGGGCAAGGCUGUGGAGGGUGGGGACAUGAGUCCCAUUGGAGACAAACAGAUCAAGAAGCUGAAGAGACUAAAUACCAACCCUCCUGCAGAGGGUGGAGUCACUAGGGGGCAAGGACAGAGGUCAUCCUCUAAGGACAGUAGUAAGUUGGGAAAGGUCCUGAGUGAGAUGAGCACGGGAGAAGAUGAGUCCAGUUCAGACUCGGAGCAUGAGUCUCCUCCUUUCUCCAGCAAUGGGCAGAAUAUGUCUGUCUCUUUACAGACCAGCCAGGACUGGAAGCCAACACGCAGUCUGAUUGAGCACGUGUUCGUCACAGAUGUUACAGCCAACCUGGUCACAGUAACUGUGAAGGAGUCUCCAACCAGUGUGGGCUUUUUUAACCUCCAUCAAUACUGA